GCACACAUGAACACUCUCAACCAUCUCGUGAAGACCUACAUCCAAGCAAAGAUGGAUGCCAUGGAUACACAGCGGGCCUUGGAGGCUGUGGAGAGACUCCAGGCCAAGCUGAAGGACAGAGGAGAGGCUCCUACAGAGGAGAAACUAUCACUACUGAAGACCGUUCUACAGAGCCCUCUGUUCCUUCAGAUAUUAACCAUGCAACAGACACAGCUACAGCUGCCAGAGGAAAAGAAGACAGUACCUAAGUCUGUCUCCCUCAACACGGGUCUCUCCACGGCCAUGUCUCUGGGCCUGAGGACCAUCUCCCAUAGCGACUCCUAUACCUGGGCCCAGAACAACAGCAGCAGGAGUAGUGGAGGUGGUGGAGGAGGAGGAGGAGGAGGAGGUGGAGGAGGAGGAGGAGGAGGAGGAGGAGGAGGUGGAGGAGGAGGAGGAGGAGGUGGAGGAGGAGGUGGAGGAGGAGGAGGUGGAGGAAGCCCCCCUGCUAAACCCUUCCUACCGCUGCAGAACUACGGAGGCAGUCUCAGUGCUCUCAACACAAACACAGAAAACAACGCCGUGACCAAUAAGAUACAGUGUAUGACUCAGUUAUGUACGCCUCCACGAAUCUCCAGGACCUUAUCGAUGGGAAGAAACCUGUCGUAUAUCGCCAAUGAGAAGCGUCACAUAGAGUUGAUAGAGCUGGAGAACGAUGGGAAGGGGCUGGGCUUCGGCAUUGUAGGGGGUCGAUCCUCUGGAGUCCUGGUCAAAACCAUCCUACCAAGUGGCCCUGCUGGACUGGACAAACGUCUGCGCAGCGGGGACCACAUCCUGCGUAUCGGGGACACAGACCUGGCAGGCAUGGGCAACGAGGAAGUGGCUCACGUUCUCCGCAACGCAGGGUCAAGGGUCAAACUGCUCAUUGCUAGGGACGUCGCCGUCUCCACGGGAACCAACGACCUCUCCCUCUCCUCGCCCCCACUUCCUGUCCUCGCCCAGCAACAACAGAGGGUGGCCAGGAUGGGCAAACAGCUGUGUGAUGUGGAGGAGGACUCUGAGUACAGUGUCCAGUUCAGUAAGAACAACAUGGGCCUGGGAUUCACUGUCACCAGCUCCAUAGGGGAGCAGAACUCUGGGGUGCAGGUGAAGAGCAUUCUGAAGGGCAGCGCUGUGGACCAAGCCAGUCAGAUACACAUCGGAGACAAGAUCUUAGCUGUGGAUGGUGUCAGCCUGCAGGGCUGCAGUGAGCAGAGAGCCCUGGAGGUCCUCAGGAAGACCGGCCAGAUAGUCAGACUGAGGCUGAUGAGGAGGGCCUCUAGGAUGGGUAAAACCAUGAAGUGUCCCCCUCCUCCCCUGGAGCCCUACGUCGUCACCCGUACAGAGACAGGGGAACAUGACAAGACAGACCAGACUGGUGUCAUCAACAGAGUAUGUGGUGUGUGUGUGUGUGUUUGGGCCACAGGAAAACAAAUGUCUCUGCGUGAGAUGUCCAGAAGAGCCAGUAUGAUCUACUCUGAACAACGACUAGACGCCAGAACCGGAGUGAAGCUGACGGCAGCAGAGGAAGAGGAGUUGAAGAAGAGGUGGCAGGCUGCUCUGGGACCCAGAUAUCAAGUGGUUGUGUGUCAGCUGGAGAGGUUCAGUGAGACCAGUGGUCUAGGCAUCAGCAUGGAGGCCAGGGCAGGACACCACUACCUGUGCUCCGUCUUACCUGAGGGGCCCGUCGGACAGAGCAGGAAGAUACACCCUGGAGACCAGAUACUGGAGGCAAAUGGUAUCCCUCUGAUAGGAGAGACUCACAGAGAGGUGAUCAGCGUUCUGAGAGAGCUGCCUCUCUGUGUCUGUAUGGUGUGCUGCCGCGUCGUGCACCCACAGCUACGGGACAGUGACCACGAUGAUGACGAUGAAGAUGUACAGCUCCCCCUCAAAGAGCUAGUGGCUGAGUUCAACGGCAAGUAUGACCAGCCCUGCUGUCUACUUCCUGGUUGUAACAACAUGGAUUGUGGGAGUCGUGGUUUCAAUAAGCCUGUGUCUCCUCCUCUGGCCAUGUGGGAGAGAGACAGUCAGGUGAUAGAGCUGGUGAAGGGAGAGGAAGGCCUGGGAUUCAGCAUCCUAGACUACCAGGACCCAGAGGAUGACUCUAAGACUGUCCUGGUGAUCCGCUCCCUGGUCCCCGGUGGCGUGGCCGACUCAGACGGACGCCUGCUGCCCGGCGACCGGCUCAUGUCCGUCAACGACGUGGACCUGGUCCGGUCGACGCUGGGGCGCGCCGUGCACGUCCUCAAAACCACCGGCCACGGGGUCGUGCGCAUCGGCGUCGCCAAGCCGCUACCGUGUAACUACAGGCCUGACAGCCUGACAGUGAGUGCUAUGAAGGACGGCUCAGGGAUGUUAAUCCGGUCAGUAGUCCGUGGAGGGUCUGUCUGUCAGGACGGGAGGCUGGGCGUCGGGGACACGAUCCUGGCUGUUAACGGAGAACCCACCACCAACCUGACCAACGCUAUGUGCAGAGCCAUGCUGAGGAGGCACUCUGUUACAGGUUCAGAUAUGAGUGUGACAUUCAUCCCUUCGUUUCUGGUAGAGGAGCACCGUGCCUCCAUGGCCCAGCAGCCUCUGUCAUCCAUCAUGGUGGACGGCUCCUCACCCUGCCCCCUGACCCCUUCCCCUACCCCUCCUGGAGGUCUAACCCCUUCCCCUACCCCUCCUGGAGGUCUGACCCCUUCCCCUACCCCUCCUGGAGGUCUAACCCCUUCCCCUACCCCUCCUGGAGGCCCAACCCCUUCCCCUACCCCUCCUGGAGCCCCAGAUACAGCCUCAACAGUCCCAACUCCAGGUCCAGCCACAGCCCCAAGACCUCAAGACCCUUAUCUACCCAGACCUGUAGUAUCAGCUACAAGUACAGCUCCAGCCUCCACGCCAACCAAAGGCCCACCCAGACCCCCACCCCCAGACAUGAGGGUCAAGUUGAUGCGUUCUUCAGGCCAGUCUCUGGGCAUCAGUAUCAUGGGAGGUAGAGGGAUGGGCAGCAGGCUGAGCAGUGGAGAGGUGAUGAGAGGAGUGUUCAUUAAACACAUCACACCAGACAGCCCUGCUGGACACAACGGCACUCUAAAGACUGGAGACAGGAUACUGGAGGUAGGAGGCAUGGAUCUGAGAGAUGCCAGCCAUGAGCAGGCAGUGGAGGCCAUCCGUAGUGCUGGAGACCCUGUUGUCUUCCUGGUACAGACUGGACAACACAAAUCACAGGUCGAGAAGAUGAUGUCCAGGUACGGAGGUCUUCCAGGUGAGCUCCAUAUGAUAGAACUAGAGAAGAGUCCCCGUGGAGUCACUCGCACCGAGGGACAGGGUCUGGCUCCUGGUCUGGGUCUCAGCCUGACGGAGGACAGGGAAGGUUCCAGAGCCCACCUCGGCGUCUACGUGGCCGGGGUCGACCCCCAGGGGGCCGCGGGGCGAGACGGACGGAUACGGGUGGGAGAUGAGCUACUGGAGAUCAACGGUCAGAUCCUGUAUGGUCGUAGUCACCAGAACGCUACAGCCAUCCUCAACGGUGCUCCUUCCAAAGUCCAGAUUCUCCUCACCAGGAAUAAAGCCGCUCUGGUGCAGAUGACCCAGGGACCCAUGGGUGGGGACUCCUCCUCCUCUUCCUCCCUCCAUCCCUCCAUCUCUCUCUCCUCUUUUCUCCAUCCCUCCAUCCACGUCUCUUCCUCCCAUCCCCCCAUUCCUCCCCACUCCUCCGUCGGCACUGACAGGAACGCCCCCUCUUCCUCCGGCGGGCGAUCUGAUUGGCCAACGGGCUCCGCUCUGACCCCUGACCUCCUGAGCUGUCCCAUAAUACCCGGCGUUGACAGCACCAUAGAGAUCUGUAAAGGACACUUGGGCCUGGGACUCAGCAUCGUGGGGGGGUGUGACACGCUACUGGGGGCGAUAAUAAUCCAUGAGGUUAAUGAUGGAGGAGCAGCUCAGAGAGACGGGAGGCUGUGGGCUGGAGACCAGCUACUAGAGGUGAAUGGUAUAGACCUGGGCCAGGCCACCCAUGAGGACGCUAUAGGGGUGUUGAGGCUGACCCCUCAGCGGGUGCGUCUCACGGUGUUCAGACAACAGCAGGAGUACGUGGAGGACCUGUGGGAUGUCUUCCAGCUGGAGCUCAGACUACUACCUGGACAGACACUGGGGCUCAGCACUGUAGGGAAGAGCAACGACACCGGUGUGUUUGUGUCUGAGAUCAUUGGAGGGGGUGUGGCUGAUGGAGACGGACGGCUGUUCCUAGGAGACCAGAUCCUGUCAGUCAACAGAGAGGAUGUCAGAACAGCUACUCAGGAACACGUUACCUCACUGUUACAGAGCUGCAGCAGUGGAACAGUGAUCCUAGAGAUUGCUCGCUUCAAAGCAGCCGGCGUUCACUACUCCUGUGGAAGUCAGAGUGGUGACUCCGUAGGUAGCGACAGCUCCACCCUGACCCCGUCCACUGUGUAUGAGGUCCAGAGCCACCACCAGGGGGAGACAGAGAGACGCCAGAGAGGACAGGACCACUCAGUGGAAGACCACCAUGAGAUAAGGACAGUGGUCAUGCAUAAGGGUCCGUGUGACUCUCUGGGUCUGAGUGUAGCUGGUGGGGUUGGUUCUCAUGGAGACGUACCUCUCUUCAUCUCUACUAUGGACCCUGCUGGACUGGCUGCCAGGUCACACCAAAUCUAUGUAGGAGACUUCAUGGUGAGUAUUAAUGAUGUCUCCACUGAGGGGAUGAGCCACGUCCAAGCUGGAGAUUUGCUGAAGUCCAUCAGUGGGACCAUCACCCUACAGGUGCUGACUACGGGGUCUGUGGAUGAGGACUGUGGAGGAGGACAGGGUCAGAGGGAUGCAGGGCUCCCCUCCACAGGAUCAGCUACCCCACACAACAACAUGAGUCCCCAGUUUUAUAGAACCAUCAGUCUGGACAGAGGAGCUCUGGGUCUAGGCUUCAGUAUAGUAGGAGGGUUCAGCAGUCCCCACGGAGACCUGCCCAUCUACGUCAAAACUGUCUUCGGAAAGGGAGCAGCGAUUGAGGACGGCAGGCUGCAGCGCGGGGAUCAGAUCCUCGCCGUGAACGGUCACAGUCUGGAGGGGGUCACCCACGCCGGCGCCGUCGCCAUACUGAAGAGGACCAAGGGAACUGUAGUCCUCACCGUACUCUCCUGAGUGUAGUCCUCACACAACUGUCUGUCGCCCUUUGAUGAUGUCAUCAGCAGACUACAUCAGGGUUGUGUUCAUCAGGAAACAGACAAAACAGGGACGGACUGUCUGAACUUAUUUUUCAAUAAGAAACAUUCAUUUAUGUGUUCUGUUGCAAAACGUUUUGCUAUGGUGUGUGCGCUAAUGAAUUAUGACCCUGUUUAUCUCUAAAAGGAGGUGAAGAUUCUCACAGAAGAAUGUCUUCUAUAUGUCAUUCUAGAUGUAACUGGUUCUCAUUGAAACAAAACUAUGAACCCUGUAAUGCAUUUCUAUGUGUCUGUGUACAUCAAUAUGGACCUCAUCAUACCAGACUACUGACAUCACUGUCUCCUUCUAAAUGGACCUCAUCACACCAGACUACUGACUACUCACAUCACUGUCUCCUUCUAAAUGGACCUCAUCAUACCAGACUACUGACUACUCACAUCACUGUCUCCUUCUAAAUGGACCUCAUCAUAGCAGACUACUGACUACUGACAUCACUGUCUCCUUCUAAAUGGACCUC